AAGAAAGGGAAAGGAGGAGGUGGGGUGGGGUGGGGUGGAGAACCGGAACGAAGAGAAGCUACCACAUCUUGCUGCUCUUUAACGCGUUCAAUUCCUCUGACUAAAAGACUCACUCCUCCCUCCUUUUGAUGCCCCGUUCAAGCUUUAUCUUCUUUUUCUUCUUCUCGUUUUCUUUCUCCCCCUCUUUUCCUGGGACUCCGAGCUCUGCUUCGGGAUUCGGAGACAUAGGCAUGAGGAGGAGGCGGAGAAAGAAAGGGAAUGGCGGUCGUGAUGACGACGGGUGCGGGCGGGGAUGAGCAGCAGCAGCAGCACCAGAAUCCCUUCUUUCUCGACUUCUUGGGCAUGGGCAUGAGCUGUGGUGGGCAAACGCCCGCGCCUGAUUCCCGCUCCAUGGCCGGGCACGCCGAACCCGACGCGGCCUCGCCCUCCGCUUCCUGGCAAACGCUUGGCGUCUCUUCCGCUGGGCAGCAUGGCAUUGUUUCCGCAACCUCUCUUCUCGGUUCAGAGAGACGGGGGAUGAGAAGUUCUGAGGUUUUUCACUUUCAUGGUAGGAAGAAUGCCAUUUCAGACCCCGAAGGAGGUAAUACAUUGCCAGGAAGAAAGAGGAGCCAUCCUGAAUCAGUAUAUUCAGGUUUGAUAGAUCGAGCAUUUCCCCUGAGCUCAGGCUCCCCUGAAAGCCCAUGCUUGAUUAAGAUGUUUGGAAAAGAAAUAGUUAGUGAGCGCCCGGAUAAAGCUCGUGAUGAUGAAAUUAUGUUGUCUAUGCAUCGACCACCAAGGCCAACUUCUCUUGUGUUGCAUCCUCCCCUUAGUAGCAGACCUGAUUCUCUUAGUUCCAAGUUAGAACAAUCAUUGUCCAGAAGUCCUGGACGGUUACUACAUGCUUCAUGCUUUUCGAAAGCUACAAUUUCUUCUUCAUAUGUGAACAAAGAUGCAAGUGCGGUUGCGACAGUUAUUUCACAAUCUUCCAUAGAUGACGGUUCUCGAACAAACAUCAAAGCUUCUGGAGUUGUAAGUAUCAGCAACCCCGUUAGCAUGGUUUGUGAGAAAAUAUCAACCGAAUUCUUGCCUAGACCUAAGGCUUCUCAUGCUACAGAAUCAGAAACUUCUAAUGCUGUAAGGUGUGUCUCUUUUACAAUGUGGCUUAUAUGUUUCGACAAGCUCUCCCUUAACCUUGAUUCAUCCGUUAGUGUUGAAUAUGAUGGUAUCAAUGCCACAAAACCUCUAUUUGUCUUUGACAGGCGAUCUAAGGCAGCGUCUCCUGGACGUCAGAUGACCAUAUUCUACUCUGGCCAAGCACAUGUUUUUGACAGUGUCCAUCCAAAUAAGGCAGAUGUAAUACUGGCUUUAGCUGGAUCAAACGGCGUAUCAUGGUCGACCACUUACCACUCCAGAUCUAGUGAUCAGUCGAUCGUGAAUGAAGCUAAAACACGAGAGGAAGCGUGGACGAGCAAUUUGCCAAUAUCUGUACAAGGGGAUAUGAGUCACCAAAUUGCAGAGAUACCACCUCCGAGUGAUCAUUCUGCCAUUAGAUCUGGUGGAAAGGAUGUGGGUGACGAAGGGUGCGCUUGAUUGAGGACCCAUUUGGAUCCAUUUCACUUGGUGGCGCUUUGGAAUUCUUGGUUUUGUUGUCAUUUGCUUUGGUUUGGUGGUUUAUGUGACUACAGGAACUUAUCGAUCAACCUUCAAGACUUUCUAUAUGUAUCGUUUUGCAUCGUUGCUA